GUUACCGCAAUGACUCGCCAGUCUUCGUCGUCAUCUUCUCCUGAUGAGAAUCGUCGCCUUCGAUCCACACUCAAAGAGAAAAAACGCAACAUCGAAAUCAACGACGCUUUUGAGAAACUUCAAAGGCAACUUCCUCAUGUUCCAUCUUCAACUCGUUUGCCGAAGAUCAAAACGUUACGGCUUGCUCUGAAAUACAUUGAACAUCUCAACACAAUUCUUAGCGGGCAUAACGAAAAUAAAGGAAAAAGUUGCAGUAUUAUAGUGUCCGGAAUGUACAGUAGCAACGGCCAAUCCUCCGCUUUGUGUGGAAGAUCUCGCAGGCAGUCGCCUGCAGGACAAUACAGAUCGGAACAGCUACACACGGAAAGGGCUCGAUCAGAAGAAUGUGCCAACGGUAAUGUUCGUGUAACGUCGUCAUCGUCACCGUCCCAAGGAAUGCUGUCGUCUUCUGACUCCAUCACCCGCACACUAUCAACCUUCAACACAAUCGACCACCCUGCCUACCGUAUACCUGCCACAGCCGCCCUCCUAUUCGCACUACCAGCAGAGCUACUUCUGGUCACCACAUCCGUAGCGCAACCAUUGUGUGAUUUACGCUUGUUUAUGACCGCGCAGCUUUCAAAUGGCGGUGCAGCAACACGGGAAGACGAGAAUAGCCUAUUAUUACGA